GAUGAGCGUGCGUAUGUGUGUGCGUGUGAGUCACUCACAUUGAGUUGAUAUUUAAUUUUGUAGAUAUCAGUUAAAUAAUCUUACAAAAAUUUUUGAUAAAGUACAAGAGUUUACCAAGUGCCAACUUGUUGCCAACUUCAUUUUAUUCUGUAGAAAAUAAUAUAGCAUAGAAAAUGCAAUAAGUUUGUUACUGAGUGAUCUUAGUUUCAAUUCAAGGUGUCAUAAAUCAAUCAUCAAUUUAUUAAGUUAGUAACAGUGCGUUGUGAAAAAGCAUAAUAAAAUGACACUAUCAGAAUAUGCUCAAUUAAAACAAUACAUAAUCUUCUCAGUUGGAUCAAAUGAAAGACACAGUGAAAUAAUAAGUUCUAUGAAAGAAUUUUUUAGGGAUUCUAUCAAUUCUGUGAGGAAGUUUGAACAAAUAAACAACAUAAAUCAGCUGUUGAAAAUUUUAGAAAUAAGAGAUGUAUUAUCUGAAGAUAAUGUAGAAUGUCUGAAGAAUAUUGCUAUGAAACUUCCGAAUUCUAGGGAUGUGCUACAGAAAAUAGCAGACUAUGAAAAAGAACAUGUUCCCAGGGAAUAUGCAAACUAUUAUGCUGCAAAACCACAAGAUCUCAAGAAAAAAGGAUCUGAAGACAGCUAUAUUAGUACCAGUCCGUUAUCGAAUAUGAGCAAACGAAAGAAACAGAGAAUUUUUGACACAAUUACUCAAGAAAUUGGUAGUUUCUGGCGUGACCUUGCCAGGAAUUUGCAAAUACGAGAAUGGGUGAUUGACGAUAUUGAUUUUCAAAACCAAACACUUCAUGUGAAGGCUACAAAAUUGCUGGAAGUAUAUGAUUCAAAAGCUGAUCCACAAAGAUGGUUUUUCAUUCUAUGUGAGGCAUUAGAAAAAAGUCGUAGAAAGGAUCUAGUAAGGUCUAUACAGGAUAUCAUGGCAAUGAAUAUUUGAAAAACGAUUUAAUUGUUUGUUUUGUGCCUAUGAAUAGCUUUAUGACAAAAAAAUUAAAUAUAAUAGAAUAGAGAAGUCGAUUUAUGGGAGUCUUUAGUUAGUAUAUUACCAAUAUUUGAAUGGCACGAAUGACCCACAAGAUUUGGCCAUAGUUCAUGUCCGACACUAUAUUAAGCAUGUUUCAUUCCUAUAAUAUAACAUUUUUAUUUUAUUUAUGCCAUUUAGCUACUCAGUCUAAAACUCUGAAUAUAAAGAGAUGAUAAGUGUACAUAAUUAUAAAAUAAAAGUUACCAUCGUUUUGUGGAAUGAAAGAUUAUAUUUUGAACAUAAGUUUAUUCAGUAACAAAGCACUUUAAGAACUAACAUAUUGUAAAGAUAGAUACAUAAUUAUGAAAUAGUAUAUUGAAUAUAAAGGUACUUAAAAAUAGGGUUUAGAAAUUUGAUUUCAACAAUUAUUUAGUAAAAUUGUAUAAAAAUAGUACUCAAUAUCCAUAGCAAAAUGUAUACUUAUGAUUAUUGUUGAUUAAUACAUGGAAUGUACUUUGGAAGA